AUGACCCGCUACCCAAAAUGGGAUGACCCGCUACCCAAAAUGUUGGAUGACUUGCUACCCAAAAUGAUGGAUGACUUGCUACCCAAAAUGAUGGAUGACUUGCUAUCCAAAAUGAUGGAUGACUUGCUACCCAAAAUGAUGGAUGACUUGCUACCCAAAAUGAUGGAUGACCCGAUACCCAAAAUGAUGGACGACCCGAUACCGAAAAUGAUGGACGACCCGAUACCGAAAAUAGUGGACGACCCUCUACCCAAAAUGAUGGAUGACCUGAUACCGAAAAUAGUGGACUACUCGCUACCCAAAAUGGUGGAAGACCCGCGACCCAAAACGGUGGCAAACCUGCUACAUAAAAUGGUGGCAGACCCGCUACCCAAAAUGGAGGAAGACAUCCUACCUUCAAUGAUGGACGACCCAUUACCGCCAAUAAGGGACGGCCCGUUACCGCCAAUGAGGGACGACCCGUUACCGCCAAUGAGGGACGACCCGCUACCGCCAAUGAGGGACGAUCCGCUACCGCCAAUGAGGGACGACCUGUUACCGCCAAUGAGGGACGACCCGCUACCGCCAAUGAGGGACGACCCGUUACCGUCAAUGAGGGACGACCUGUUACCGUCAAUGAGGGACGACCUGUUACCGUCAGUGAGGGACGACCCGUUACCGUCAGUGAAGGACGACCCGUUACCGUCAGUGAGGGACGACCCGUUACUGUCAAUGACCUACGACCCCUUGCCGUCAAUGGUGGACCACUCACUACCCAAAAUGGUGGACCACUUACUACCCAAAAUGGUGGACCACUUACUACCCAAAAUGGUGGAUCACUCACUACCCAAAAUGGUGGAUCACUCACUACCCAAAAUGGUGGAUCACUCACUACCCAAAAUGGUGGAUCACUUACUACCCAAAAUGGUGGACCACUCACUACCCAAAAUGGUGAACCCCUCACUACCCAAAAUGGUGGACCACUCACUACCCAAAAUGGUGGACCACUCACUACCCAAAAUGGUGGACCACUCACUACCCAAAAUGGUGGACCACUCACUACCCAAAAUGGUGGACCACUCACUACCCAAAAUGGUGGACCACUCACUACCCAAAAUGGUGGACCACUCACUACCCAAAAUGGUGGACCACUCACUACCCAAAAUGGUGGACCACUCACUACCCAAAAUGGUGGACAGACCGCUCCCAAAAUGGUGGACAGGCCGCUCCCAAUAUUGCCACGACGACUAG